GAUGAUUUAUUUUUUUUUAUUUUUAUUCAAGAAAUAAAAAUAAAUAAAUAGGUGCAUAUAAACAAAUCGAGUACCUACAUGACCUUUUUUUUUUUUAUAUAUGUAUAUAUAUAUAAAUGCUGGACCCUUAUUUAAAGCCGAUGGUGUGUUUCUUUCCCUUCCCCCUCCCUCUUCUUUAUCCACUUCUUAAUUAAAUACACUCUUUCUUUUUUUAUAUAAAAAAGGACAAGUGAACAAGGAUAAAAAAAGACCCACACUAAAAGGGAGGCACGAAGGUUUGUUGUUGUUGUCGCACAACAAAUGCAUUUCGUUUUUUUUUUAUCAGCUCCGUUUUUGGUCAAUGCGAAAAAAAGACAUCAGUUGAUUGGAAACAAAAGGGAGAUAUUUAGGUUUAAAUGCCAACUGUACAAGAAGGUCGUUUAUAGACAAACAGGGGCGGGCAAGAGAAGGGGAUGGGGAUGGGGGGAUGAUAUGGACACGGACAUCCUUCAUGACGCUGCACACAAAAAGUUAUCCAACCAAUCAGAUCCCAAAAAAAUAAUAAAAAACAGUAAAGAAAUAAAGAAAAAAAGUAGAAUGCAGUCUAUACCAACCUAUUAUACUUCUACGUAUGCUCCUCCAUCGCCAUACCCAAAUACUACUAACAACAACAACAACGUUACGUCACCUGGUACAGGUUCCACUGUAAUGACUAUUGCCAAUCCUCCCCUGUUGUCUUCCUCCUCCGCUACCAAUGUCAUGGACUCUUCCAUGACAAAAGUUACAAACACGAGUGGGAUGGUUGUGAAGCGUAACCAAGUCAAGAAUGCAUGUACAAAUUGUCAAAAGGCUUGUAAAAAAUGUGAUGAUGCAAGACCUUGUCCUCGUUGCGUAAAGUAUGGGAUUGCAGACACGUGUGUGAACUCGGUUCGAAAGGAACGUAAAAAGGGAAUUAAGCGUGGUCCUUAUAAGAGAAGACAAAAGUCCAAUGAUGAUAUCAAAUCUCCCACUACUAAAAUCGAAUACACUCCUUCCGUUGCCGCCUUGAAUGAUGCCAACUCUGCUGCUGCUGCUGCUGCUGCUGCCGCCGCUGCUGCUGUUGCUUCUGCCAAUAAUGUCAAUGUCUCCUCUGCUUCCAACAAUAACAAUAAUAAUUCAAAUUCCGUGGUUGCUGCCAAUGAUUAUGGCUAUCCUACCAAUUUGACUCAGUAUACUCAAGCAUAUGAUCCUUAUCAUUACGCUGCUACUGCCACAGCCGUUUAUAACAAUACAAAAGAUCAACAACAACAGCAGCAGCAACAACAGCAGCAACAACAUAAUGCUUAUAUUGUUUCGCCUGGUUAUUCCACUUAUCCUGUUCUUGUCAAUGGUGUUUAUUAUCCAAUGAACUCUGAGGGAAGUGAAAAGAAGCAUCAACCCAUGACGCCUGUUCCAAGUACCUCCAAUUCAUCUGGCACCACCUCUCCCUCUGAAGCUGCUGGUGAAGAUGAUGAUGAAUCCAAAUUUGCUCGUCUCACUCAAUUAUGUUCAGCUGCGCUUCGUGAAAAUAAGGAAGCUGAAGCAAAAGCUGCCAGUCAAGCCAUCAAGGAAGAAAAGUAAAUAAAAAUAAAAAUAAAAAAAGUUCUAAAUAUAUAUAAAAAAGAGAGAGAAAGAGCUG